AUUUUAUUUCCAUUGUAUUUCAGAGCCAACUAACACCCUCUUCCCUUUUCUUUCUCUUUCUCUGUCAGAAAGACUAAAAAAAAACUUGUCUCAUUUUCUCUCUAAACCAACACAGAGAGCGACCGGCGAGCACAACCUCGCCGGAGAUUCGCCUCUUCUCCCACCCACCGCCACCGGAACCUUCUUUUUCCUCAAUUUUUCCCCUCACCACCGCCACAAAAGCCUGCAAUAAUCUCUGAAACAAUUACCAUUUUUCUGAUGAUAGCAAUGCCGGGAAGGAGAAUUUUUGUUGCUGCAGAUGUAAUUGGAUCUCUCUGAAUUUCUAUGUUGCUGAUGAUGAGAUUCAGUUUUUGAUUUGUUUUUUAUUUUAUUUUAUUAUUAUAAUUUAUCUUUCUUCUCGAGUUUCUUAAUCCAAGUUAGCUGAAUGUUGUGGAGAAACCGAGAUAAGAAAGAUUUUUUGAGGUUUUUUUGCUGACGGGUCGUGUUCGAAUUGACCAGAUGACGUUGAAUAGAGACUGAAAAAGCUAGCAAGUGAGGUGUAUCAUUUAUUUUUCCGGAUUUCCUGGACAAGCUUCUGGAUGCCUUCUGAAAUUAUGGACCAGAGGGGUGUAACUGCCUCGUCUCACAUGUUCGACGAUGUUUCCUAUGCUGCUGAGAGGAAUGUUGGUUUGCGGAAGCCAAAAUCCAUUCAUGACCAUUAUCCACAAGGAAGGAGUGAAAUGGCAGCAUUGCCUGGCAGUAUUUUGAAUGCUCCAUCACCCCUCGAAACAAAAGCAGAAGCAGGCUUGCCGAUGACACAGACUAGUCGGUCUGGUGAAAUAUCACAAAAUCUACAUUUUGGUAGAGAAGCUGGCAUUAUGGAUGUGCUGAAGGAUUCCAAGGAAUCUAUGAAUUAUCAUGCAAGAUCGUUUGAUGUGCGUAGGCAGCCGGCGUCUAGCUCAUAUGGUUUAAUUGGAAACAAGAUUGUCACCAAUGCUGGCUCACGUGAAAGCAGUCUAUUCUCAAGUUCACUUUCUGACAUAUUUAGCCAGAAGUUGCGGUUAAUGGGGAAUGGUGUUCUGUCUGAUCAGCACAUUACUGUCGGUUCCCUGCCUGAGGAAGAACCAUUUAAAUCUCUUGAAGAAAUUGAGGCUGACACUAUAGGGAAUCUCCUUCCUGAUGAAGCUGAUCUGUUUUCUGGUGUCACUGAUGACUGGGGAAGCAGUGCUCAUGCUAGAACAACUGAUGACUUUGAAGAUUUUGAUUUGUUCAGCAGUGGUGGAGGCAUGGAGUUGGAAGGAGAUGAGCAUCUAGUUUCAGGAAAAAGAACCAGUUACGUGGACGGAGAUCCUGGUUACUUUGGGGCUUCUAAAGGAAAAAAUCCUUUUGGUGAACAAUAUUCGAGAACACUUUUUGUUAGAAACAUCAAUAGCAAUGUAGAAGACUCUGAGCUAAAGGCUCUCUUUGAGCUAUAUGGAGACAUUCGAACCAUUUAUACUGCCUGCAAGCAUCGUGGUUUUGUCAUCAUUUCAUAUUAUGAUUUAAGGGCAGCACAAAAUGCAAUGAAAGCACUUCAAAAUAGGUCUUUGAGAUCUAGGAAACUAGAUAUACAUUAUUCAAUCCCAAAGGGAAAUGCUCCAGAAAAGGAUAUUGGCCAUGGUAUGCUGAUGAUAUCUGGUCUUGAUUCAUCUGUUUCUAAUGAUGAGCUUAAAUAUAUUUUUGGCUUUUAUGGAGAAAUUAAAGAAAUCUAUGAUUAUCCAGAAAUGAAUUACAUCAAAUCUGUUGAGUUUUAUGAUGUCCGAGGUGCAGUAGCCUCUCUUCGUGCAUUGAAUGGGAUCUGCAUUGCUGGGAAGCACAUCAAGCUUGAACCUGGCCAUCCUAGAAUGGCAACAUGUGUGAUGCAGCAGUCUCAGCAGGGGCAAGAUGAGUCUGCUCUUGGUCAAAAUCUCAAUGAAAACUUAUUAUUAAGGCAGAAAGGAGUGUCUUCUGGUGUUAUUGGGUCUGGUGGCUCCUUGGAAAAUGGAUAUAAUCAAAGAUUUCAACCUGAAACGCAGCUACCUUUGAAUGCUUUCAUGGAUAAUGCAUUCUUUAAUGUGAAUUCUACUAUUCAUAAGACUGCAAGAGGGGCACCUGCUGCAAAACUAUCUGGUGUUGAGUCCAGUAACAUUGCUGAUGCAAUGAAAUUCCCAUCCAUUCCUAGACUCCAUCCUCAUUCAUUACCUGAGUAUAGUGAUAGUUUGGCUAAUGGUAGUCCUUACAAAUUUUCAAGCGCCAUUAACAUGGCUGCCAAAAUUGGAACUGGAUCAGCAGAACUGUCAGACAGCAGGCGCAUUCCUGGAAUCGGCUCAAUUGGGAAUCUUCCUGAAUUUAAUGCAGGAGGAAAUGGAAGCCGCCCCCUUCAUCAACCUUAUCAUAUGUGGAAUGGUUCUAACUUGCACCAGCAGUCUCCAUCAAAUGCCUUGCUUUGGCAGAAAACACCAUCAUUUGGUGCUGGUUCUCCAUGUCUUCCACAGAUGCCCAGUUUUCCCAGGACACCGCCUCAUGUGAUGAGGGCACCACAUGUUGACCACCAUGUUGGAUCAGCUCCAGUAAUUGCGGGCUCACCCUGGGAAAGGCAACACUCUUACUUGGGAGAGUCUCCUGAUGCUUCUGGUUUGAGAAUGGGUUCUCUAGGAAGUGCAGGUUUUCAUGGUAGCUGGCAGUUACAUCCUCCAGAUUUUUCUGGCAACGUGUUUUCUCAUGUUGGUGGGAAUGGUAAUGAAUUGACAUCCAAUGUUGGGCAAGGCUCUCCUAAGCAGUUGUCACAUGUUUUCCCUGGGAGACUUCCUAUGACUUCAAUGUCAAAAUUUGAUUCUACCAAUGAACGAAUGAGAAACCUCUAUCAUCGUAGAAGUGAAACAAACAAUAACAAUGCUGAUAAAAAACAAUAUGAACUGGACCUAGGCCGCAUAUUGCGUGGGGAAGACACCCGGACAACGCUUAUGAUUAAAAAUAUUCCCAACAAGUAUACUUCAAAGAUGCUUCUUGCUGCCAUCGAUGAGCAAUGUCGUGGAACUUAUGAUUUUCUGUAUUUGCCAAUUGAUUUCAAGAACAAAUGUAAUGUUGGCUACGCAUUCAUCAAUAUGACUGAUCCUUGUCAAAUAAUUCCAUUCCACCAGGCUUUUAAUGGGAAAAAGUGGGAGAAAUUCAACAGUGAAAAGGUAGCUGUACUUGCAUAUGCCCGAAUUCAAGGAAAAUCUGCUCUCAUUGCUCAUUUCCAGAAUUCAAGCCUGAUGAACGAAGAUAAACGAUGCCGCCCUAUUCUCUUCCAUACAGAUGGCCCAAAUGCUGGUGAUCCGGAACCUUUCCCCUUGGGUAGCAAUAUCCGCGUGAGGCCUGGAAAAUCUCGCGCCGGUGGUAAUGAGGAGAAUCGCGGCCUAGGGAAUCCUUCAACCUUGGCAAGUGGAGAGGAAUUAGCACUGGACUCUUUCCUGGGUUCUCCAAAUGAUGCUUACUGAUUUAGCCUCAAGCACUAACAGUUCAAUGCUGCAUUGUCAACUCAACUCCAAGACUGUAUAUUUACAUUUUGUUUUUCGCUUGAGAGAGAGAGAGAGAGGAGUUGGAGCCGGUAGGAAAAGGGGGGCUCACAAUUUUUGCCUAUAGAGGAGCCUUGCAAAGAGUUUUUGGAGGCUAAGGUACAUAACCAAUCAGAAUGAAGUCGCAACAACUGAUUCUAGUGUUUUCAUUUAUUUUCCUAAAUUUUUGCGUUUUAAGUCAUCCUGCUACCAUUUUACAAAGUUAGAGACUGGCUUUUAACUGAAGCUUAAAAUUUUGGCUAGCUGUGAAUGAACAUUGAACAAUGUGACAUUUUGCAGUUAGUUCCCUUGAAUCAUUACAUGCUUCAAAGGGUGCUUUUUGCUGGUUUUGUUUUUCAUUAGUCUCUUUGAUGUUCAUAAGUAAUUUUGUUUCUUCAUAUCCCUCUAGCAUUGGUGGCCUCAUGUGAUUAUUUGUUGUCUAUAUGAUGGAUUGUUGAGGGAUGAUAUUUAAUUGGAUCUUUUAAUUCGAUGGAACUAGUUCAGAUA